UGAAAUAAAUGAUAUUUCAACAUGCCUAGAUCAAGAAGCCGAAGUAGAAGUCGUGCAGACAGCAUAACCAGACAAAAACACAGAAGCAAGCACAAGAAGAAGCGCUCAAGGUCUAGUUCAAGAUCUCGAUCAUACAGAAAUCAUCGCUCCAGAUCACGAGAUCGAAAACGGAGACACGAACGAACCAAACGUUCCUUGUCAUCAAGUAGUUCAAGCAGUGAUGAUGAGCUGAUAUUAAGGGCAAAAAGACGGGAAGAGGAAGAAAAGAAAUUGGAAUUAGAAAGACAAAGAUUACAGAAACAAAAAGAACUUGAAGAAAAAUUGAUUGAGGAAGAAGUAGCUCGUAGAGUAGAAGAAUUGGUCUCUAAAAGGGUAGAAGAAGAAUUAGAAAAACGUAAAGAUGAAAUUGAGGCUGAGGUUAAGAGGAGGGUAGAAGAGGCAAAGAGGAUAAUGGAGGCUCAAAUGUUGGAGGAAUUGGAACGACAAAGAGAAACAGAAAUAGAAAACCAACGAAAGUUGGAGGAAGAAGAAAGACUUAAACGAAAAGAACUUGAAAAAAUUAUGGAAGAGAAUAAUAAAAAAAUAGAAGAAGCACAAAAGAAACUUGCCGAAGAACAAUUGAAACUUGUUGAAGAACAGAGGAAAAUGUUGGAACAAAAACAACGAAUGGAAGACGAAGACCAGAAGAGAAAAAGAUCUGAACAAGAAGUGAUUCUCAAUAAGAAAAAUGCUAGACCAAAACUGUCAUUUAGUUUAGGAGGCAAAUAGUUUAUAUUUUAAUUUAGCAAUGAAAUCCUGUGUGCUGUUACUGCCAUGUGAUAAAUGAUUGACCAGAUGGAGGAUGCAAAGAAAUUCUGUGUGCAGAUUGUUCAUUGAAAGUGAUGUUCAGUAAUUGGCAAGAGAGUAGAGAGAGAGAGAGAAAGAUAUGAAGGAUGUGAAAGAAUUUUUAUCAUUUAAUUUAUAAAUUUUCAUAAAAAUUUAUUCUUCAUUUGAAUGUACACUUUUUGAUUUUUUUGCGUGUUUUUUAUGUUUCAUUGUGUGUGAAUGAUGAAAGUAAGAACUGAAAAAGAUCUACAUGAGAAGGACAAGAAUUGUUAAGUGUGAUUAUUUUAAAUGGAUUUUAAACAUUACGAAUGUAUCAAGAGCCAAGAAUUUCCAUUCCCUCAUAAUCGUCAGUUCAGACUGAGAUUUUAUCAAUCAAUCAUGAAUACUCUUAUGUCGGUUUGGAGUGACUUAAACAUGUAUUUAUAAUGUGUAUAUUAUCUCAAUUAUUUUGUUGUACAUUAUAAAACAUUCACAAAAUCAGGGCACCCUAAUAACAGUAAUGACAUGCAUUCUGAUUGAAAUGAAUUUCCUUAAGACCCAUUAACAUAUAUCGUAGUGAGGAGUACUGCUCAAUCAACACACAGUGAAAGUAAAUUUAAGAUAUUGAACAAAUUUCACAAUGACAAUACUAUUGAUUACAUCAGCUGGCUUAAACUGUUAAUUAGGAUGAAGUAUGUUGGUACAGGUAAGAUGCAUGCCAUGAGACAAUUCACAUAGAACAGGUAAGUACCAUGUAAAAAAUCUCUUGUAUACAGGAUCAACAGUGACCGUGCUAGCUGCAGGUCUACAGUGUUCAGUAUAUACCUUGGUUCACAUGUUGUUUGUCAGUUCAAAAGAUUUAUUCCACUCUAUUGAACUUGUGUAUCAUUUCCUCUUGCACAUCCCAUAAUUAUCAAUCUUCAGAUUGAGAUCGAAGUAGGAAAAAAAACAUUUUAGUAUAUGUGAGAUUUCUACAAUCAAUUUCACCACUGGAUGGAAUAGGUUAAAUUUAUACAUCUUCUGUCAUGCAAUUUAGUUGUACGUUGUUGGUUAGCAAUUUAGUUGUUAGAUUCUGCUGUACUUUUCCCAAGGUAAAAUUCUUUGAAACAUUUUAAAAUUGGCCCCAUGGACACAAUGUAGUACUUCAUGGAUUAAUGGAAUAAGAUUGCUAUUGUAUGUUGAAAGCUAAAAUUACAUUCAUAUUAACUACAUUGGAAGUUAAUUUAACAGAGAAGUAAGAUCUGGACUUUUAAGCGCAUUUUGAGCACAUCUUACAAUAUUGAAGGAAGAGAUAUUUGUGAGCCCCAGGUCGACCUGGAUGUAUAUUUUUGUGAUGAUUGUACCAGGCUGAUUGUAGGUCCAAGGUAAGACAAAUGCACAACAGUUCUGCUUAGCAGAUUAUACACACAUUUCAGAUGAAAUAAUUGGCAACAAAGACAGGUAAAUAACCUAGUAAUAAUAAUAUGAAUUGUUUGAUAGACAUGGUAGUUGAAGAUAGUUGUUUUAUUGACUUAGUUUCUGAAUUGGUGCACCAAUUAUAAGCAAUAAAUUAAGCCUAUUAAGUGUUUAUAAAACAUGGGGCUAUCUAGGUAAACAUAUUUUUGAGUUCACAACCUGGUCAUUUCCUAAACAAUUAUCGCUGAUAGAACACAACCAUAUCUCACAAUAAGUUCUUAACAUAGAAAUUUUAUGAUAAAACCAUGCUGAUAGGUUGUGUGGAAACAUAAAAUGUUUGCUCAGUUUUGUUGAUGAAUGUUAUUUUUUUUUAAUUGUGUUCAACAAAUUUAAAUAUACAAAGGACAAUCUAAAAAAAAAAUAUUAUUACCAUGACUAAAGUCAAGUUGAAAUGAAACUACCAGGGAUUUUUUUACAGGAUUUGUUCCAUGAACAAAUUUAUAUAUAUUGUUAUAUUUAUACCUAAUGUAUGUUUACAAGAAUGAAUGUAUUGGUUGGUACAUUAAAGAAUGUAACAACA